AGCAAUAAAAGUUCCGUUGCAAAGGUAGCGUCCAACGACGACAAUAACAACAGUGGCGGCGAGCGGCGUGUCAGGCCAGGGUCAGCAACGAGGGGGGCGCCCGUGCUGCCGAGGGGCGUGGCGAUGGCUGACCCACUCACCAACUACCCGCUGCUACAGCAAAUUCUGCCAGAUGCCUAUGAAUACCGAAUUUGCAAGUUCAAAGUGUAUGGGAAAGAAGAAAAUCUUGUCCUGCUCAACAAGUUUGAGGUGCCAGUCACUAAAUUUGAGGCAACACUACGUCUUAAGAUCAAGACCAAGGCAGAGGCAAGGCUGUGGAUCAAGGAACUGGAGAGGACGUCUGCAGUCACAUGGAGGGUUGACAAAACAUACCCAAUAUGCGGAGGCAAAAAGACACAAAACAUUUAUCGGGUGGACAUGAGGUGUCAGCACAGAACUUACUCAAGGUCAUCAACUGCUGACAAGAGAGCAUCUUCCAAAAAUACUUGUUGUCCAGCCAAGAUGUUCUUAGUGGUGAAGAGAACACACAUGGCAAGUGGAAAAGUGUCACAGUCAAGUGAUCAGUAUCUACAGGAAUUCCCUACCCGAGUGUGCUUGGACUUUCGACACAACCAUCACCUGCUUUCCCCAGAAUCCUUAAAGAGGCGAGAUGUGUCAGAAGAGACAGUUCAGAAGCUGACAGCACUGUAUAAAGCUGGCCACACUCCUUUGACGGCCCUGGAAGUGAUCAAACGUGAACUCCAGGCUGACUAUGGGGAUCAGUACGACUUUGUAUCAUCAGAUAGAUCCAAGUGCCCUGACAAGCAGUUCUGUUAUCGUCUCUACUACAAGCUCUUCUGCCCCAAAUCUAAGAAGCCACCAGGGAAAAAAAUGUUGUUGGAUCUUCAGAGUCACCUCAAGCCUUUCUGUGAGAAGUAUGCAUCUCAAUGUGCAAGUAUUGAAAAGACAGAAGAAGACAAUGUCAUAAUUGCCAUUUGUUCUCCAUCAUCAAAGAAAAUGCAAAACCAUGACAAUGAAGAAAACUUAAAAAAUGCUAACAAUAGUAGCUUUUCAGUGCCUCAAGGAAUUCAAACAUUAAAUGUAGAAAGUUACACAAAUCAGCCACAACUCAUGAGUGAGUUACACAGUCAAUCUGUCAGACACUGCCAGGAAGGCCUUAAGGCUGUCUUUGAUGACCUAGUGAGUAAGGUGGAGUGUGAGCCACUUACUUUCUUAAGACCUGUUAACGAGUUUAUACAUAAUUACCAGAGCACUAAGAAAGAUGAGUUAGUGAAUGCACUCAGGACAUUUAGUCAGUGUUCUGAAAUAGCCAUGGCUGUUGCAAGAUCAUUGAAAUAUCAGCAGGGUGGAGAAGGAGGAGGAGGGAAAAAUGAACGGACCACAAUCAUCUGCCCCAAAAAGAGGAAAGGAAAUCGUCGGAAGCUAAUAAGGGCUCGACCACUCCUUCAGUCGGCAAUGCAGGAGCUCAACAAUGACUUUGACAGUGAACUUCCUGCCCUGCAGAUUGUCACGGAGGACGUAGCAUCUCAUGAACUCUCCCACCAUGAAAUAUCUGCCAUGCAUGACAUUUCUGAGCAUGGCAUAUCAGUGGUGCAUGAUGUCACGGCCCACACGCCCUCCCACCCAGACCUCCGCCUCCACCCUGCACACUUGACCAUGUGUGCUGACCAGCAGAGAAGAAUGUAGCCUAUAGGAUACAGUAUUCUUAUAUUAUCAUCAUACCUGGUUCCUUUUACCUUUUCCCUUAAAUAAGAGUAAGAGGAUUCAGGGAAAAAAAUGUUGAAAUGUUAAAGUUAAAGGUCAAGUUGUGUGUCAACACUAUAGCUGCACUUUACAUCAGUGUUCAUCUUGGUCACCUCUGCCUUUAGCUUGUGGGGGUUAAGAACCACAGGGCCAGUGAGACUUCUGGAUUAUCACAGUUUACCUUCCCCAAGUUUCCCUGUGUACCCAUUUACUGGCCAACCCAAAAGGGGGAUGAACAACUGGGCGGGUUGGGUGCCAGUUGCCCGGCCCUGGAUCGAACUUGGGCCUAUGAUCUCAUAGCUAGGCAUGCUAACCAUGGAGGUGCUAUGAAAAAUCAGGUCACUUUCUAUUCUGAAUGUUAUGUAUCACUUGAAGAUAUCCAACUCACAACAGUUUGAUGCAAAGUUUGCCUUUGUGUGCUUGUUCAAUAUGUUUAUUAUUCUGGAUACUCAAAAGUAAUUCUUAGUGCAAAUUCACCUUUGAAGACCAUCUGUUCCCAUGAGUGCCAAAGACAAAAAAACAAACGGGGAACAUAAUUUUGAAGAUUUGGUGACAGUAACAUUUUGUCAAAUUUCUAGAUAAUAGGUAUAAUGGUUUUAAUCAUAAUCUUAAUCAUGAUAAGAUAUGCAUCAAAAGACUAUGCACAUAAUGUAUGCUUCAAAGUUUCUUUUGCCUUGGUAGUAGUUUAUCAUUACUAACACUAACCGGACAGGAACAUGAGAAACAUUAACCACUUCCUCUUUUGUACUCAGUGGCACUAAACCGGUGGAGGUCUGAUGACUUAGAGUUUAGGAAGUAGAUGAACUUUCUCAUGAGUUUUGUGGCUGUUUUGUGCUGCUCAUCGGGGACCAAGCUGAAUGGCAGUCACUACCUCAGAGUCAGCCAUUACCAUGUUUGAUGACUCAAAUGUUACCUCUUGCUAGUGGUCAGCAAGAGGCAGCACCAGUGUUUCAUAAUGAAACAAGACUUGUGUAGUAUGUAAUUUCAUAUGCAGAUCUGAUAAUAUAAUAGCAUUAUUUAAAUGCUCAUAAUCAGAG